CAAAAGUUCAUGGCAAAGAGGAAGCACAUCGAAGAUGCGCCGCCGCCGGUCUCGCUGCCUGAAGAGACCCUUGAAAUGCUCAGCGAUGAGGAGAACGCCGACGAAACACUCUCCGACGACGGCCAAGUUGACGAAUUCCCUGAAAUAGACCAAGAAAGCGACGAGGAGGAGGACUCGGAGGAAACAGAAGAGGACUACUUCGAGGAGAGCGACGGUUCAGAAGAUUCAUUGGACAGAGACAUCUUUCCGAAGCCAAAAACAAUCAUAUCUGACAUUACAGGCCAACCAAAACGCGUUUACCCUGAAAUAGAGCCAGACUAUGACUCUGAUUCUUCUACGGAGGAUACUCAAAACCGUGUGGGAGACGUUCCAAUGCAUUGGUAUGACGAUCUUCCGCAUAUCGGCUAUGAUAUCGACGGAAAACGCGUUCUACGUCCUGCACGGGGAGACGAACUGGAUAAAUUUUUGGAGACUGUGGAGGACCCAAAUUCCUGGACAUCCGCUUUCGACAAAACUGCCCAGUCCGACAAACCGCUAUCAGCAGAAGAAUUAGACAUUAUCCGAAGACUAUAUGCAAGCGAAAACCCCGAUGCGGGUUACGACCCAUAUGAACCCAUGACUGAGUGGUUCACUGGCAAGGGCAAGGAGGAAGUGAUGCCAUUGUCCGCUGCUCCAGAACCCAAACGCCGUUGGGUUCCCAGUAAAUGGGAAAAGCAAAAGGUCAUGAAAAUUGUGCGUGCCAUUCGCCAGGGCCGCAUUCUCCCAUCAAAACCAAAAACCGCCGCAAAACUCGACUUUUAUUCCAUUUGGUCCGAACCCUCCUCCUCCCAUCCGCCUCCUCUUCCUGCACCAAAACCGCGACUUCCUACCAACUCCGAGUCUUACAAUCCCCCAGAAGAAUAUCUCCCUACCGGAGCUGAACGAGAAGAAUGGGAAAAGCAAGACCCUGAAGACAGAGAACGCGAGUAUCUGCCCCAAAAAUACUCAUCUUUACGCCUCGUCCCUGCAUAUGAUCAAUUUGUCAAGGAGAGAUUCAACCGACAACUGGACCUGUAUCUUGCUCCUCGAAUACAAAGGGUUAAACUCAACAUCGACCCAAGCACGUUGAUUCCCAAAUUGCCCAGUCCACAGAGUCUCAAACCGUUCCCCAACUACAAAUCUCUUCACUUCACUCACUCUGGUCGAGCACGAUGUUUGGCAAUCAGUCCAGAUGGCUCAUGGGUCGUAAGCGGCGAUGAGAGUGGUGUUGUGAGUCUGUGGGAAGUGAUGGUUGGAAAAGAGGUCAAGCGAUGGCAGUUCUCGGGCAAAAUUGGUGCUUUGGGAUGGUGUCCCCGGUCUGAUGUCAACUAUUUUGUGGUUGCCAUCGAAGAGACUUUGCACUUCAUCAUACCACCAAAUAUUUCGACAUCAAUAUUCCAAGCCACGAAGACACUUCUUGCUCCUCCUACCCUCCCUCCACUGCCAGAAACCCCAUCACUUGUCAAGUGGGUCUCUUCAACAUCCUCGCCCGAUGACCCGACUCUGAGCGUGCAUCUGCCUCCGACAUCUGGUCUACCCAAGCAAAUCUCAUGGCAUCGUCGCGGCGAUUACAUGGCCACUGUUUCGGGCAGCGGUGUGCACGGCGGUGUUUGGAUGCACCAAAUUACCCGCCGACACUCCCAAGCACCGUUCAAGAAGAUCAGGGGCGUGGUGCAAUUAGUGCUCUUCCACCCUUCAAAGCCUCAUUUCUUUGUCGCGACUCAGCAAUAUAUCCGGUUGUACAAUCUAGCAGAGCAAAAGUUGUUGAAGACAUUGAUGCCUGGAAUCAAGUGGAUCUCAUCAAUGGACAUUCACCCUUCCGGUGACCAUCUCAUUGUUGGAGGCUACGACCGAAAGCUCUGCUGGUUCGAUCUGGAGCUGAGUGCCAAACCGUAUAAAGUGUUGAGGUAUCACACGCGUGCGAUUCGCUCACUCGCAUUCCAUCCGACGUACCCACUUUUUGCGUCCUCGUCGGAUGACGGCGCGAUUCAGGUGUUCCAUUCACGAGUUUACAACGACCUGAUGACGGACCCUCUUAUCGUUCCACUCAAAAUUCUACGGGGACACACCAUCAAAGAUGGCCUUGGGGUCCUCGAUGUCAAGUGGUGCUCUCGUCACCCUUGGCUCGUCAGCGCAGGCGCUGAUGGCGCUACCAGUGUCUGGUGCAGUUGA